AUAUAUAUAUAUAUUUUUAAUAAUAAUAUUUUUUUUACUAUUAAAAGUUUAAAUAUUACACACUUUUUAUAGCAUUUACUUUUUUCUUACACAAUGGACACGAACGUUUUUACGUCCGCAGUUAUUGAAGCUGAUGGCACAUAUAUGGUUGAGUUUGCAAAUAAUUUACUAAAAACGCCAAAUUUUUGGUUACUUUUAGUGGGAGCAUUUAUUGUUUGGGCUAUGACGCGAUAUAUACCUGAACUAGUAAAUGGUAAAUACAAAAAAGGAUCUCACAUUCAUACAUCAUCAAUACAUCGAUAUCGUCACCGUAAAAUAAAAAGAUCUUCGUCAAGAACAAGAUACUUUGAAGAUAAGCAAAGAGAAGAAGGUAGUUCACAAAAUAAAACAACUAAAUCAAUAUCACACAGUUCAUCAUUACAAAGCAUUAAAAGUCCAUUACAGUCAAAAAGUGCGUACGCAAAUUCUACACCAGAUUUCGUUCCACUUUCUGCAUCGAUUCAAUCUGCUCCUCCUUCUCCCCCACAUUUCAAAACUCCAUCAAGAAUUGUCCCCACAAAUUAUGGAAGUGAAAUUAAACUAAAAUUAAUGUCCAGUGAAGACAAGGCUUUACGCUUAUCAAAUAUGAAGGAACAACACAUGAAAUUUAGACCAACAAUAAGUUCAAGACUUAAUCCUAUUCGUCGAUGCGAGCUUGGUCAGCGAAGUUCGGUUGGUGUACUCUCAUCUCGUUAUCUCGCAGAUGUAAAAAUGGAUAUUGGAUAUAAUGAAGAUCAAAGGAAGAAUAUUAUAUGGGCUGCAGGAAAUCGUAAUGAACAUUAUUCUCAAGCAUAAAGAAUUUAAAUCAUGAAAUGUUUGAAAAUUAUUGAGUUAAAGAAAAUGGUAUUUCUUAUAAUUUUUUUUUUUUUUUAAAAAAAAUAUAUAUAUAUACACAUAUAUAUUUACUUGAAAAAUGAAUACUCAGC